AUGAAGUACAAUUUUUAUAAAAUUUCCACACAAGAUAAGACUUUUUUAGAAACCGAUAUAAUUACACUUCCAAGUGUACGAAUAAAAAGAUUAGCUGAAUCGAGUGUAACUAACACUAGUACUACUACUCAACAAAAAAAUAUUUCUAUUCAAGCAAUCAUAGACAAAAACAAUGGAACAAAACAAACAAAACAAGAAACAAAUACAUUAAACACUUCACUUGUUCUGAAUGACACUGAUAAAAUUUUUGGAAAGAAUUUAACUUCAGUGACUCAUGAACCUCCAAUUCAAGCGAGUUCUGGAAAUAUAAGUUAUAUAGGAACACCCACGCCUAUAUCUCUGCCAGAUUCUCAUAUAUACUACAAUAGUACAACAAUUAACAAUAUCAACGUAUUUAAUGAUUAUUGGGUUGAUUUGGAGAACCAUCCAGAUGCAAAUAUUCAUGAUAUGUUAUCAGAUUCUCAUCGCAGAGCUGCAACUAUCAACUUGAAGUUUCAGUUCCCUUUCUAUGGACAUCUAUUAAACUCUACUACAAUUGCAACUGGAGGUUUUUUAUAUUUAGGAGAAUACAUUCAUUCGUGGUUAGCAGCCACUCAAUACAUAGCGCCUUUAAUGGCCAAUUUUGAUUUAAGUUCAUCAAAUCAUUCAAACAUUUAUUACAUGGAAAAUGGUACUGCACUAACAGUAACUUGGCACAAUGUCACUUUACAAGAUAAACCUAAAGUCGGAGGAUUCACUUUUCAAACAACUUUACAUUCAAUGGAAAUAUUGUUGGCGUAUUUAAGACUUCACUUCAUGGGAGGUUGA